AUGGAAGAGCAGGUAGCAAAUGCCAUUGAAAUCGCCGGGAACCCCUCCUCAGACGCCACCCUCAAGGCUCAGGCCUUUGACUUCCUAAACCAACUCCGCACCGACCCCUCCGGAUGGCAGGUCUGCCUCGCUCUCUUCACCAAGACCCCGCAAUACUCCGAGAUUAUACGGCAUGUGGCGUUGGAGGUUGUCAACAGUGCGGCCCAGGCGGGUCUCAUUGACCCCCAGGCCCUGAUCUAUGUCCGUGACGGCCUGAUGGCCUAUCUCCGCCAGGUAUAUGGGCAGGAAAACGUUACGCCCGACCCAUCCAGUAUCCAGAACAAGAUCGCCCAGACCAUCACCUUCCUCUUUUCCGCCCUCUACGGCAAUGGCUGGGAGACUUUCUUCGACGACCUCCUUAGUCUCACAUACAAGAGCCCGGCCAGCACAAACCGCGACAAUACGCUCGGAAUCAUCUUUUACCUGCGUGUCGUCAAUUCGAUCCACGAGGAGAUCGGUGAUGUACUUGUGUCACGGUCCCGUGUCGAGCAGGACAAGGCCAACCUGCUCAAGGAUCUUAUCCGUUCACGCGACAUGCAGAAGAUCGCCAGCUCAUGGCAGGAGAUCUUGUCGGAUUGGCGGGACGGGAACGAUAUGAUCGUGGAGAUGUCUCUCAAAGCGGUCGGCAGCUGGGUCAGCUGGAUUGACAUCGGUCUUGUAGUGAACCAGACCAUGCUGGACCUACUGUUCCAGCAGCUCGGCCGGGCGCAGAAGGCGGAGCUCAGAACAGGGGAAGAGAAGGUGCGCGAUGCGGCGGUUGAUGUCUUCACGGAGAUUAUCGGCAAGAAAAUGAAGGCCGAAGAUAAGAUGGAAAUGAUCAUUUUCUUGAAUCUCGACACUAUUGUUACGCAGCUGUCCAAUAGCCCCCCUCUUCAUGAUAAUAGGUUCACAUUCAAGUACGAUACUGACCUGGCGGAAACGGUGGCCAAGUUAGUCAAUAUUACUGUCAUUGAUAUUGUACGGGCCCUGGAGCAGGACACCGUUAUGGCCGACUGCAAGGAGAAGGCUACCGGACUGCUGCAGGUCUUCUUGCCGCAUAUCCUGAGAUACUUCUCGGAUGAAUACGAUGAGGUCUGCUCGACUGUCAUCCCCUGUGUGAGCGACCUCUUGUCGUACCUCAGGAAACUUGCCAAGAUCAACCCUGCCCUGGCCGAACAGCACUCGUCGAUCUUGCUUCCUAUUCUGAAGGCCAUCAUCGCCAAGAUGCGGUACGAUGAAACCUCGUCCUGGGGUGACGAGGACGACCAGACGGAUGAAGCGGAGUUCCAGGAACUUCGGAAACGCCUGGGCGUGCUGCAGCAAAUCGUUGCGACCGUCAACGAACAGCUCUGCAUGGAGGCUGUCUCGGAAGUUGUGGGGACGACGUUCGAGAAUCUGCGUCAGUCGGGGGCCCAGCUCGACUGGCGUGACCUGGACCUAGCCUUGCACGAGAUGUUCCUCUUUGGCGACGUUGCUGUUAGGGCCGGUAGUCUGUACAACAAGGGUAGCCCCAACAACCAAGCCGCGGAGAGACUGGUCGAGAUGAUGCUGAAAAUGGUCGAGUCGGACAUCCGGUCAUUCACGCACCCGGCCACACAGUUGCAGUACAUGGAGAUCUGUGUUCGCUACAGCUCAUUCUUUCAGUAUCACACCCACCUGAUCCCGAGUGUACUGGAGAGCUUCCUCCAACUGGUUCAUCACCCGAUCAAGAAGGUGAAGACGCGCUCGUGGUACCUUUUCCAGCGUUUAGUUAAGCAGCUCAGAACCCACAUUGGCAAUGUGGCACAGACAGUUGUCGAGGCAUUGGGUGAUCUUCUCGUGAUCAACGCAGAACUCCCAUCCGAGGGAUCGGAGGGUGAUGAAAUGUCCUCAGAGGAUCAUGAGGGGUCGGCUGAUGCCGUCUUCAACAGCCAGCUGUACCUGUUCGAAGCUGUGGGAAUUAUCUGCUCGACACCGACUGUUCCCGCCGACAAGCAGGUCCUUUAUGCACAGUCCGUCCUGAACCCGGUCUUUAUGGAUAUGGAGAAGAAUUUGGCCGCGGCUAAGGCCAACGAUGAGCGCGCAUUGCUGCAGAUCCACCAUGAUAUCAUGGCUCUAGGCACGCUGGCCAGAGGCUUUUCCGAUUGGAUGCCGGGAACCAGCUCGCCCGCUUCGCUGCCCGCUCCUGAAGUAUCGGAGGCGUUCAUGCAGGUGUCUGAGGCUACGCUUGUGGCCCUGGAGUCGCUCAAGACUUCGUUCAAUGUUAGAACGGCUGCCCGGUUUGCAUUCUCGCGCCUCAUUGGUGUGUUGGGAUCACGCAUCUUACCGCAGCUCCCGCGGUGGAUUGAUGGUCUGCUCACGCAGACAUCAUCUCGGGACGAGAUGGCACUGUUCCUGCGGCUGUUGGAUCAGGUCAUCUUCGGGUUCAAGUCGGAGAUAUACACUAUCCUUGAUGCGCUCUUAACCCCUUUCCUGCAGCGUGUAUUCUCCGGUAUUGCCGACGCUCCCACUGGCACGGACGACGAGGUCCAGCUGGCGGAGCUCAAGCGGGAGUACCUUAACUUCUUGCUGGCAGUUCUGAACAAUGAGCUUGGAGCCGUUAUCAUCAGCGAACGGAACCAACCGAUGUUCGACACGGUCAUCACCACUAUUGAGCAUUUCGCCAAGGAUGUCGACGACUUUACCACCGCCAAGAUGGCGUUCUCGGUUCUGUCGAAGAUGGGCAGCUCCUGGGGCGGACCAGACAUUGCGCCGGAGGGUGCGAACGGCACGGCACCCCAGCAGCCAGCACUCCCAGGAUUCGGUCAGUUCAUGAUCACCCGGUUGUCCCCUCUGUGCUGGGCGCUGCCCGCGACGCCGUCCUUCAACUCCAAGGAUGCACAAGCCAAGCAGGUCCUCGCGGAAGCGGGAGUCCUACAGCGGACGAUAUACGCAAAGACGGGCAUGGAGUACGUUCAGUACCUGCGGGAGCGCGAGCUGCCAGGAAUGGGGAUGGGAGCAGAUUUGGUGGAAGAGUUUGUGGGGGCAUUGACCCGGCUGGACCUGAAGGGAUUCCGGCAGUUCUUCCCGUCCUUUAUCCAGCGAUUGAGCGCUUGA